AUGGCCAACGCAACGGACAUCAUAACAUACAUCGGCGUGCCGCUCGCCGUGCUAGGUGUCCUUCCCAUCCUGUAUACCUUUAUGCUCGCUGUCCUUACGCAGCGCCGAAUCCGCGCCGCCCUCGUCCACCACGGCCAUAGACCAGUCAGCACGACACGUCCGCACGAUGGCUUCACCAUCCGCAGCUCCCCAAUGACCAGUCUCAUUGAAGUCGAACUGCCUCGCUACACCAUUGCUCCUCUCGAGCGCAGCGAUGAAGAUUAUUGGAAAACCACGACCGAGGGGAAAGAGGCAUCAGAAGAACAUCACCAUCUCCUAACACUGGAUCGCGCAGAGAGUACUCUGUCUAUGAUUGAAGAAGGGCGAGUACGCGGCUUUUUGCGGGGUGGCAGCUGGCGUGGCUUCCAUUGGAAAAAACUUAUUGUGGGGAAGAAAUUGUAUAGGAUACAAUACGAGGAUGAAUUGAGGGAGCCGCCUGCCGAGGUGGGCUUUGAGGAACUGGUGGUGUUUUUGCUAGAUUGGGGUGCUGUGCCAGAAGGAAUGGGCUGGGAGAAAUUGAGGAGCGGGGGAUUGUGGACGCCGAGCGGGACGGUGUUAUUGAAGAAGCCUGAGGACGAUGGCUUGGAUGCUGACGAAAGCAGUAAGAGAAGAGGAAGGGGCGCAGACUGGGUGCUGAGAACGAGCAUGCCUGACGAGAGUGAUGGGGUACUAAGUCUAACGAUUCGAUGGACACGAGACGAGACGACAUCUGUUAGAGAGUCGAGAGGAGCAGAAAGCCUUCCCCCAGGUUGGGGACGAUUGACCCAACCCGCUCUGCUCGAAGCUAAUGAGAAACGCAAAGAAAAUGAGAAAGAUUUACCGGCGAGGAUCGAGGGGUUGAAGUCGGCAAACAAAUACAGUAUGGACAGCACCAGCUUCCGGUUUCACACCGAAGAUAACCGCGUACGAAGACUCCUCUGGGAACACAAGAACGUCGAAACGGGCUUCGUAUGUGCACCGUUCCGAAACUACGAGCAAUCCUCGGCGGGAUUAUGGUUUGCCUGCGCGGCGUCCGCUCUCCUCGCCCACAAGACUUCCACAAGCGGUGGUCUCUGGGCAUUCGAGACUCCCACAGAGAUCAAAACCUUCGUGCGGAAAGACUCAAUCCCAUGCGGCGUCAUGGUUCUCCUCGGUCUCCUUUCCGAAAACGAUGCACCACAGUGGUCAUAUCAAAAGGACGAUCACAAUGACGCCAUGAAUCGGGCGCGACAACAUCACUCAUGGCUUCAAGCUCGUCUGGCUGCAGAGAGACUGGAGGCCACGAUGCCACCUGAACAAGCUCGAAUCCACAAGAUGAACAGGGAGACGAAUGAGAGACAGCAACAGCACAAUGAGAUGAUAGCAUCUCUCACAGCGAGACGCGAGCGGGAAGAAAAGCGGAUCAAGGACGCGAUUGCGAGUCCGAGGAUGGAUGUCAAGCGGGUCAGUGAAGCAUGUCUGGUUUGGCUGAUCGAGAGGGGAGAAGUGGGCAAGGAAUGGACUGUGCACGACUUGGCGGAGGCGGUUUGUUAUUUAAUGGUGGUGGAUUCGCAGGAUCGGAGCAGUAAUCAGAACGAGGAUGGGAAAGCGGAAGAGGAAACGGGAGAAGCGAUGAGGAUCAUUGGAAUCCUGGACGAAUGGAUGGCCUGGGCCACAGCAGGGGGCAUGAAGAAACAGCAGUUCCAUCUGCUGGAGAAAGAGAAGGACAAAGCAGCGUUUUGCUUCGCCGUUGUCCUUGUCGCUGUCGUGGCAGACGCGACGAGCUCGAACAAUGCGGUCAUGGGGAAGGUGGGAGCGGAUAUGCUGGAGUGCUUGAGGCUGUGGAGGAAGGUUCGCCUAGGUUGA